AUGGAUGGUCAUCAAGUUCCUCAAAAUACAGUUGCUGAAGUAGGAGAUGUAUUCAAGAAAAUCCUCAAUGAGGGUUUUAUGAAGGCGCAAAUGAAUGAUUACGUGUAUCGGCUAAUGCAAACUGAGAAAGUGAGAAAUGAGAAUAGUAAUGACAUAUCGGUUCUUCAAGCAAUAUCUAUUGUAUUGGACAGGCAUCCUGAGCUGAGGCAAGAAGGAAUCUCUCAUGAAGUACUGCAGUGGUACAUAUGCAGAAUGGAGGCGUGGUUUGCUGCCGAUGCAGACAUGAUCUCUCUGAAAACCUGGGAUCAGGAGCAAGUUCUUACGGGUGGUCAUGGACUAAUGGUGCAGGGUUAUUACCCGGUGAUAGAGGCGUUGUCAAAAGAUAUUGAUAUUCGUUUGAAUCAUAGGGUGAAGAGGAUUACAAAUGGGUAUAACAAGGUGAUGGUUACAGUUGAGGAUGGGAAGAAUUUUGUUGCUGAUGGUGCUAUAAUAUCUGUGCCUGUUGGGGUCCUCAAAGCCAACUUAAUUGAGUUCAAACCAAAGUUACCAGAAUGGAAGCUUUCUGCAAUAGCAGAUCUUCGUGUGGGCAACGAAAACAAGAUUGCAUUACGAUUUGAUAAUGUAUUUUGGCCAAAUGUUGAAUUGUUAGGCAUUGUUGCACCUACCUCUUAUGCUUGUGGGUAUUUUCUUAACCUCCACAAGGCAACAAGGCAUCAAGUCCUUGUCUAUAUGGCUGCUGGAAGACUUGCUUAUGAUGUAGAGAAAUUAUCAGACAGAGAUGCUGCUGAUUUUGCUAUGCGGCAGCUGAAAAAAAUGUUUCUUGAUGCACCUGAACCUGUUCAGUAUCUUUUAUCACGAUGGGGAACAGAUCCCGACUCAUUAGGAUAUUACUCGUAUGAUUUGGUCGGAAAGCCAACAGAUGUAUAUGAUAGGCUUCUCUUCUGGGGGAACAAGGAAGAGAAGAAUAUAUGGUCUUGGAUCUCAAGCACAAAGUUAUUAUGGGCUGAAUCUUUGCGUCAAUUCUGGCUUUAA